AUGCCUAACUAUGUAAAAUUCAUGAAAGAUAUUCUUAAAAGGAAGAGAAGGUUAGGAGAAUUUGAGACAGUGGCUCUUACCAAGGAAUGUAGCUCAUUCUUGCAAAACAGGCUGCCACCGAAGAUGAAAGAUCCUGGGAGUUUCACCAUUCCAUGUACCAUUGGUAAUUCUUAUUGUGGCAUGGCAUUAUGUGACUUGGGUGCUAGUAUAAAUCUGAUGCCUAUGUCUGUGUAUAGACAAUUGGGGAUUGGUGAGGUCCGACCUACCACAGUGACUCUACAACUUGCAGAUAUAUCUCUUGCUUAUCCAGAUGGGAAGAUUGAGGAUGUCUUGGUAAAAGUUGAUAAGUUCAUUUUCCCAGUUGAUUUCAUUGUGUUGGAUUAUGAGGCAGACAGGGAGGUACCAAUCAUUCUAGGGAGGCCUUUUCUAGCUACUGGUAGAACUUUGAUUGAUGUGCAGAAGGGUGAACUUACUAUGAGGGUUCAAAAUGAGCAGGUGACUUUCAAUGUUUUCAAGGCUAUGAGAUUUCCAGAUGAGGUCGAAGAGUGUUCUGUGGUUUCAGUGGUAGAUUCUUUGGCUUCAAAGGAAUUAGAAAACAAUUUUGAUGAUCCUCUAGAGAGACUCUUGAUGUUUGAUUCACAUGCAGAUGAUGAGGAUGAAUACUUGGCUUGGCUAGAAGCUAGCUCACAAGGAUUCCAUACAAGAAAGCAUUUUGAAUCUUUGGAGCUCUCCUCAAGGUCUUUCGCAGCCCCUAAACCAUCAGUGGAAGAGCCUCCGGAGUUGGAAUUAAAAGCUUUACCCUCACACUUAAGAUAUGCUUAUUUGGGUAAGUCUUCCACCUUACCUGUGAUUGUUUCACCUGAGUUAAGUAUGGAGCAAGAAGAAAAGUUGCUGGAUGUAUUGAGGAAGUUCAAGAAGGCCAUUGGGUGGACCAUUGCAGACAUAAAGGGUAUUAGUCCUUCUCUAUGCAUGCAUAAGAUUCUGUUAGAAAACCAUGAAAAAGGGUCUAUUGAAGGGCAAAGAAGACUAAAUCCUAUCAUGAAAGAGUGGUGA